AUGUUCCCUAUGGUAACUGGGUUCAUGAAUUACGGUCAACAAACAGUACGAGCUGCAAGGUACAUUGGUCAAGGGUUCAUGAUUACCUUAUCUCACGCAAAUCGUUUACCUGUAACUAUUCAAUAUCCUUAUGAAAAAUUAAUUACAUCUGAGCGUUUCCGCGGCCGAAUCCAUUUUGAAUUUGAUAAAUGCAUUGCUUGUGAAGUAUGUGUUCGUGUAUGUCCUAUAGAUCUACCUGUUGUUGAUUGGAAAUUGGAAACUGGUAUACGAAAGAAACGCUUGCUUAAUUACAGUAUUGAUUUCGGAAUUUGUAUUUUUUGUGGUAACUGUGUUGAGUAUUGUCCAACAAAUUGUUUAUCAAUGACUGAAGAAUAUGAACUUUCUACUUAUGAUCGUCACGAAUUGAAUUAUAAUCAAAUCGCAUUGGGUCGUUUACCAAUGUCAGUAAUUAACGAUUAUACAAUUCGAACAAUUUCGAAUUCGCCUCAAAUAAUAAUAAAAUAA